AUGGCGGUUGCAGAGCCAAAAUCGUUCCUGGGGACGCUCACUCCAUGGACUACACCAAGGAGUUCAACGCCGCAGUCUGACGAUCCCAAAAAACCAGAUAUCCUGCAACGAUCGCGGGGGGAGGACCAUACAGUGCACAGGCAUCGAUUAAGCGCGCGACGCUAUCCUCCAGAUUGUCCGCCAUUGAAAGUGAGAUGGUUCUACGCAGUGGACUCCCCUAAGCGGAAACCAUCCCUCCUAGAACAGAAGAAGACAGAUCAAAAACCCUUGCCAUUGCCGAAGAAAUUUGUACCAUUCCCAGGGAAAGAUUCUCAGUCCAUCGAAACAACAUUCCAGAAGCUUUCAGACAUCGAAGAUGCCCGGCAGCAAAACCAACCAUCCGACAGCGAAGCAGUCUUGACUGAGGUGCCCGUGAACGAAGAUUUUCUCUUCAAUGUCAAUGUGGAACAACGGGAGCUGAGUCCUACCUAUUGGAUUGGUCCUGUAUAUGAAGUCCGUCGUGGAACGUGGUUCAUUCAGGAUGGGUCUAGUUUAAAACCAUGUGAAGAAAAUCUGGCUACUCAGCUUGAAGAAGGCUAUAUAAAAUUAUGUCCAUGGAGAUCCCAGCCAUCAGAACAUGAUACAUCAACAAAAGAACAAGAAUCCGACCAAACAAAAAAUGUGCCAAACAAAACCCAUGAGCCAGAUCCAAAAACUCCUCCUCGCGGCACAUGGAAUGAUGCCAACGGUCUUGCAAUGGAGCCUCAGCAGUAUCGUCUAUUUGGGGCUUACAUGAAUAGGAUCGUUGGCUAUCAAGAUUCCACGACGGCCUGGCUGAUGAAUGAUGAUUUCAUGUCCCGCUUCAGCACUUCGGUGUAUCAAAAGUUGGGGGGUGUUCCUGGAACAAAGUUGGUUCGCGGAUUUGAGCCCAGGAAACCAAAAGAGACACCUGAUGCAAAGGGUUCCAAACAAAAACCAUUGAGCGAUUCAUCGCCUGCUACGUCUUUGAAUGAUACACCGAACAACACUUUGAAAGAGAAGCCAAAAACACCCACAACUGAUAUCCCCAAACCAGCCUCAGCCGAUCCAUUUGAAGAUUUUGAAAAUAGACCAAAGUCAACAUUAGAACGCCAAAUGUCUUCCCUUGCGGGGGAGCCGCAGAAUCCAGUGGAUCUCGAAGAACAGGCUCGUAGACAAGAAGAACAGGAAAUGGAAGAGUCGAGAGAAGUUGACACCGAGGACAGAGAGCGGGAAGUUGAUCACCUAGUUCUUGUCACCCAUGGGAUUGGCCAGCGGCUUGGUUUGCGACUGGAAAGCAUCAACUUUAUACAUGAUGUAAACGUGCUUCGCAAGACGCUGAAAACUGUCUACAAGGCCUCGCCUGAUCUUCAAACGCUGAACUCUGCAUUCUCAGAUAGUGAUAAGAAUUGCCGAGUUCAGGUGCUUCCUGUGUGCUGGCGCCAUCUUCUUGAUUUCCCUUAUCGGGGAGUUCGACAGAAUAGAAAGGAACUGGAUCUCACUGAUUCAGACAUCCUCGAGGAUGACGCUUACCCUAGCCUGGCGGAUAUAACACUGGAAAGUGUACCUGCUGUCCGAAACCUCAUUUCAGAUUUAGCCAUGGAUGUUCUUCUGUACCAGAGCGGGUAUUGCGAACACAUCUCCAAUAUUGUCAUCCAAGAAUGCAAUCGAAUAAUUCGGCUCUACCGGAAACAGAACCCUUCUUUUAAGGGGUCAAUCAGUCUCUGUGGCCAUUCGCUUGGAAGUGCAAUUUUAUUUGACAUCCUAUGUCAUCAACCGGGAACCCACAAAAAUGGAAAUGUGAUGAGCAGCAGGGCCCACGAUACCGACGAGCCAACUCUCAAGGGCUCUGGCACGUUCGAAUUUGACUGCGAAGAGUUUUUCUGCUUGGGAUCCCCCAUUGCACUUUUUCAAAUGCUCAAGGGUAAGACCAUUGGUGGAUACUCUGCGCUGGAAUCACGAAAUCGCACAAAUUCCCUGGAUGUGGAGAUUGGGUUAGACUCGCACGGUCCUGGACAUGGGCUGCGCGAAAACCCCAGUAUUAUCUCAACACCAAAGUGUCGGGAUUUCUAUAAUAUCUUCCAUCCCUCCGAUCCAGUGAGCUACCGGGUCGAGCCUCUUGUCUCUUUGGCGAUGGGCUCUCUGAAACCACAACCUCUACCCUCGGUGAAGAAAAGCCUCUGGACGACCUCUGGUCAGAGUCUAUCUAUUCUUGGCAGCCGCAUGGGCCAAAGUGUGGGAUCUCUGUGGACAAAUUUCACAUCGGGUGUUGCAAGUAGUCUGUUAAAUCGCAGCUUGGGGCUGAAUGGUGAUGACGCCUCAUCCGUUGCUCGUGAUUCUGGUAAACACAGGGAUCAAUCAACCCACAGACGGACACAGUCGGGCUGUGUUCAUCAUGAAUCGGAAUCCAAUGACCAUCAUCAGACUUUGAUCGAGUCCGAUUUAGAGACUCUUUAUGACGGGUUUCAAAAAAGCAGAAGUGCCGACCAUGACGAGAGUCUAGGUCCCAACGCCGAUAUUGACCAAGAUCGGAAGUUGAAAUUUGAGGACGCUAAAGUGCGUUCGCUGAAUGCCAAUGGUCGUGUAGACUACAGCAUCCAAGAGUAA